UAUCUCUCGAAGCGAUAAGAUUUCCAUAGUAGAGAUAUAAGGGUGGUUAAGAUAUAACAAUAUUAACGCUCAUGAAACAACUGUAAUUAAUUCUUCUAAGAAAAAAGGAAUUAUAUUAUAAUUGGCACAGAUUUUUAAUAUAUAAGAAAGUUAUCGCAGGUACUUAAAGAAAGUGAUAUGAUGUUUCUAAGACUGUUACUUUAUGGCGUUGUCAUAUUUAUCACCGCAACAGCACUUUCUGUUGAUGAAAAUAGAGAAGAUAUCAUUGAUAAAUCGAUUACAAACAAAGUUAAAGACUAUACGGAUUAUGUAAAAUCAAAGGAUUACGACGUCAAGCUAAUACCAUAUUUCAAAGAAGACAAAGAAAGAGAUGACAUAUACAUAACGUUCAAAACAGAUAUAGAAGAGUAUCAAGCAAACGAUAGAUUUGUCUUCUACGGCGAAAUUACUGCCAUUAUUCAUAUCUUCCAACCAACUACAAAACUAAGAUUAAGUUCAUCGAAUUCAAUUCGCCUUUUAUCUGGAGAGUUGACUCAAAAAAGUGCUGUUAAUAUUAGGCCAGAAGACUAUUAUCAUUAUUUAGCGGAGAAAAUUGAAUAUAAUAAUAUAACGCAAACUUGCGAUCUUCAUUUCAAAGAAGAAUUAUCACGUGGAAAUUAUACAGCGAAUAUAAAAUUUCUUAAUGCAAUUAAUAUCUCAGGAGACGAUAAUAUUUUCUUAAAAACAACAUAUAUAAAAAAAUCAGAAAAUGUAAUAUCAUGGGACAAAACACAUUUCCCGAUGGUUGAGGUUCAACGAUUGUUCCCAUGUUGGGACAAUCCGACAGUAAGAUCCACUUUCAACGUUUCCAUAAAGCAUUAUUGCAGUUAUUCAGUUUUCUCAAAUAUGCCGAUAAAAGAAAUACUCAAAUACAAAUUAAAUAAUACAGAAACAUGUAUGCAAUGGACGUACUUCGACACUACUCCUUCUAUACCUGCUCAUCUCGUGAUGGUUAUGAUUUCAUCAAUGCAUUUCUUUCCCAAUUAUGGCAAAGAUAAUAUCUAUAUCUGGCGCAAUCCAUAUUCAGACGAUAUACAAUUUGCGGAAAGAGUUUCAAACAAAGUCAUAAUGAAGUUGAAAUUUGAAUGGUUUAAGUCUCUUAAGAAGUUGAAGGUAAAGAUUCCGAACCUGCAACUUGUCGCAAUUCCAGGUUUUCAAAAUGAUAUUAAUAUGAACUUCGGUCUCGUCACAAUAAGAGAAACAAAUAUUAUUUACGAUGAAAAUCUACAUUCUGUUGCACAUAAAAUAGAAGCGGCAAGGUCGAUAGCGCGUGGAAUAGCAUAUCAAUGGUUCAGUCAUUUAAUUAUUCCUACUUGGUGGACUGAUUUAUGGAUAAGCGAUGGUCUUACUACAUUGUUUGAAAUGGAAGCUGUGAAUGCCGUCAAUGCUCUCGAGCAUUACACAAAUUCGGAGUUAUUGGAUUUACUCAUAGUUCAAACUCAAUAUGAAUCUCUCCAAUUGGAUGAUUAUAACCUCACACAGCCUCUUAUGAAAGAAACCAGUAGUCCUCCUGAAAUUAAUUCGCUUUCCUCUUAUUCCCGUUAUAUUAAAGCACCUUUAAUAUUGCGCAUGCUGCAACAUGUGAUUACUAAGAAAGUGUUUUGGAAGAGUGUCCACCGAUAUUUAAUUUGGCAUGCAUCUGGAUGGACGACACCACAUGAUUUCUGGAUUAUUAUGGAAAAAACUGUAUAUGACCUUAGUCAUCCUUGUCCCCAUCCGGUAGUCGCAUAUGCUACAACAACUAAUAAUCAUUUAAUAGAUGUUUGGGCACAGUAUGCGAAUUAUCCUACAUUGAAAAUAACGCGAAAUUAUAAUGAAAACAGAUUGCAUAUAGGAAUAGAAAACUGCGAUCUUUUUCAAAAUAACCAGCUACAGAUACCUGUAACGUUUACUACGCAGAGUAAUCUUAAUUUUGCUUCUCCGUUUGAUGAUGAGAGAUUAAUACUUAUAACAUCACCGCAUGACAACCAACUUGAUAUAGUAGAGGAUGGUUGGGUGAUAUUUAACUUACAACAAGCUGGAUAUUAUCGCAUUAAUUACGAUCCUGAAAACUGGCAAAGAAUUGCAAAAUAUUUGAAUUCUGAAAAAUAUAAGAAAAUACAUGUUCUCAAUCGUGCUAAAAUCAUCGACGACGCAUUUCAUUUUAUGAUGGCACAACAACUCCAUUCUUCCAUAUUCUGGAAUUUGACGAAUUAUCUUGCACAUGAGACAAAUUAUAUAGCAUGGUAUCCUAUGAUCAAAGCUAUGGAAUAUAUAUCAAGCAUCUUUCCAUUUCCAAAUGAAAAAGUUGAUGAUAUCAAGCAAAAGUUAAGCAACCUAUUAAGAGGUGUCCUUUCAAAAAUAAAAUACAGAGAAAGCAAUGAGGAGGAUGACUUUACUAAAUGUUUAAGACAAGAAGCUAUUAAAUGGGCAUGUAUUCUCGGCAACACCAUCUGUCAGAGAAAAGCUUACGAUAAAUUGUUAGAGCAUAUUGGAAAACUGAAAAACAAUAAAUAUUAUAAACUUGCGCCGUGGUGGGAAGAAUGGAUAUACUGUAAAGGUUCGAUGUUAGCAGAUGUUGAUACUUGGCACACAAUGAAAAAUAUAGGAUUGAUGCAAAACCAUGAUAAAAGAUUUUUAGAAUUCUUAGCUUGUUCUGAAAAUAACAUCAAUGAAUAUUUAAAAUUAAUAACAUCGCAGAAUAAUGGAACAUAUGUCGGAAUACAAGCUAAUAAUUGUAUUAAUAGUUUCAUUUUUAUUAUUGCAAAGCAUGCAAAAAGCGAUACUGUGCUUAGAAAUAUAUUAACAAAUUUCGAGAAACUAAAACCAAGAGACAUCAGUGACUUGACAGCAUUUACUAUUAUUAUUAACCAUGUAUAUUCCAAGAGCCAACUUGACGAGAUAAAGAAAACCGCGACACUUAUUCUAGAAAAGAAAGCGUAUGUUAGCGUAACUGAUAUUUUACACCAGAGAAAAACUCACGAGGCAAGUAUUGUAGCAAGUUAUGGCGCGAGUAAAAAUCUUGUGGAACAUUGGAAAUGGUGUCUUCAAAGGAAACUGGAAAUACGAUUCUCUCAAAUCAAAAAGUAUGGAACUUAAUUCGGAAAUUUUUAAACUUGAAAGAAGUUGGACUUGAAUAAUUAAUUACAAUUAAAAAUCAAUG